GAGGCGACUUCCUGCUUCGUUGGAGCAAUAAGGAAGGAGAGAGAAAGGAAGAAAAGAAGGAAAAGAAGGGAAAUAAUAUAUAUAUUUUUAAAAAGGGGGAGGAAAAAAAGUUUGCAUUUGUGGUUUCAAUUUCCAGGCAGAGCAAGGAGCAGCUGAGGAAGGCAGAGAGGAGGAAAAGGAGGAGGGGAGGAGGAGGAAGAAGAGGAGGAGGAGAAGCAGAAGUGAAGCUGCUGCGGAGGGAGGGAGAGGAGAGAGAGAGGGAGAGAGAGAGAGAGCGGGGCUUGGCGCCAGAGAGAGAGAGAGAGAAAGAGGAGGAGGCUGGAAGAGGAGGGAAGGCAGUAGCCCCAGCAGCAGCAGCAGGGAGGGAGAGAGAGAAGAGAGAGAGAGAGGGAGGAAGGGGAAAGCAGCCUCUGCUGCUGCUCCUGCCUCGGGUCUCCUUCCUCGGCCGCUGCGCAGGAGGAGAAGCCUGGGCGAAGAAGGAGGAGGAAGAGGAAGAUGCGGCUGAAGCUGGGCUUCCUCCUGCGCGCCGUGCUGCUCCUGGGCUCCUUCCUGGGUCUGCUGCUGCUCUGGUCCUCGCUCUCGCCUCGCGCCGAAGAGCCCAGUCCCCGGGAUGACAAGGAAGUCAGAAAUCUCAUACCAAACAAUGGAGACCAUGGCCUCGUUCCUGGAAAUGACAAAUUCAAACCUGUGUUACCGUGGCCUCAUGUUGAAGGCGUGGAGGUAGACUUGGAGGCAAUUCGGCGAAGGAAUAAAGCCAAAAAUGAAGGGAAUCCUCUUGCUGGUGGCAAUAAUGAUCAACAAAACAUCAUGGAGCGACAGUAUCUUACAUUUAAGCCACAGACUCUUAUCUACCGUGAUCCUGUAUUACGUCCUGGAAUUCUUGGUAAUUUUGAACCCAAAGAACCUGAACCUCAUGGAGUUGUCAAUGGCCCUGGUGAGGAAGCCAAGCCAUAUGUUUUAGGACCAGAAUAUAAAGAAUCUGUUCAAGCCAGCAUUAAAGAGUUUGGGUUUAACAUGGUCGCAAGUGAUAUGAUCUCACUAGAUCGAAGCAUUAAUGACAUACGUCAAGAAGAGUGCAAGUACUGGCACUAUGAUGAGAACCUACUCACUUCCAGUGUUGUCAUUGUCUUCCAUAAUGAAGGAUGGUCUACUCUCAUGAGGACGGUUCACAGUGUUAUUAAAAGAACUCCAAGGAAGUAUCUGGCAGAAAUUGUUUUGAUAGAUGAUUUUAGUAAUAAAGCACACUUAAAAGAGAGACUAGAGGAGUAUAUUAAGCAGUGGAAUGGCCUUGUAAAGAUUUUUCGAAAUGAAAGGAGAGAAGGUUUAAUUCAAGCUAGAAGCAUUGGAGCCCAGAAGGCUAAACUUGGACAGGUUUUAAUUUACCUUGAUGCCCACUGUGAGGUGGCAGUAAACUGGUAUGCACCACUAAUAGCUCCUAUAUCUAAAGACAGAACCACAUGCACUGUUCCGCUUAUAGAUGUCAUAGAUGGCAACACUUAUAACAUUGUCCCCCAAGGGGGUGGUGACGAAGAUGGGUAUGCUAGAGGAGCAUGGGAUUGGAGUAUGCUGUGGAAGAGGGUGCCCUUGACCAAACGUGAGAAGGAAAUGAGAAAGACAAAAACUGAGCCGUAUCGAUCGCCUGCGAUGGCUGGUGGAUUAUUUGCCAUAGAGCGUGACUUCUUUUUUGAACUGGGCCUCUAUGAUCCAGGUCUACAGAUUUGGGGCGGUGAAAACUUUGAAAUAUCUUACAAGAUUUGGCAGUGUGGAGGGAAGCUGUUGUUUACUCCCUGUUCUCGUGUUGGGCACAUUUAUCGUCUCCAAGGGUGGCAAGGGAAUCCGCCUCCAGCGUAUGUUGGGUCAUCUCCUACACUAAAGAAUUAUGUCCGAGUUGUGGAGGUCUGGUGGGAUGAAUACAAAGAUUACUUCUAUGCUAGCAGGCCUGAAACAAAAGCACUGGCCUAUGGCGAUAUCUCUGACUUGAAGAAGUUUCGGGAAGAUCACAGAUGCAAAAGUUUCAAGUGGUUUAUGGAAGAAAUUGCUUAUGAUAUCACGUCUCACUAUCCUUUGCCACCUAAGAAUGUGGAAUGGGGAGAGAUCAGAGGCUUUGAAACUUCGUACUGCAUAGACAGUAUGGGCCAUACCAAUGGGGGCUUUGUGGAACUCGGACCAUGUCACAGAAUGGGUGGAAAUCAACUGUUCAGAAUCAAUGAAGCUAAUCAACUGAUGCAAUAUGACCAAUGCUUGACUAAAGGACCUGAUGGAACAAAAGUUGUGAUUACACACUGUAAUCUCAAUGAAUACAAGGAGUGGCAGUACUUCAAGAAUUUACAUAGAUUUACUCACAUCCCUUCGGGAAAAUGUUUGGACCGUUCUGAGGUUCUGCACCAAGUGUUUCUUUCAGAGUGUGACUCCAAUAAAGCAACACAAAGCUGGGAAAUGAACAAUAUCCUUAGUGUGUAGACAAAUGAAUCUACCUACUGAAAAAAUGAAUUUGUCUAAGGACUGAAGAUAGCCUGAAAACUGCUGCAAAACUUUGUACAGCUGAAGCCCGGAACCUCCUCAUCGGGAUGAAGGACAUAGGUGGACUGGGAUAGAUUUAUCAUCUGCAGUUAAUGUUUACAAAAACUGCUCUUACCUUAAAACUUCUAAUAGAUGUUUACAUCUCUUCUCUGUUUGUUUGUUUUAGGAUGUUCUUUUAUUUAAAAAAAUUAGUUGAUAGUAUAAUGUUUUUGACUUUGUUUCUGUUUUCUUGAAACAAAGCUAAAAGCUCCAGCUUGGAUCCAAACCAGUGAGAGGUUGCUUCCACUUGUACAAGAGGGUAUUUUGUGCUGCUGGUUUUGGUAGCAGCCCUGCCCCACUUCCAAAAGCCCCUCUCAAGGACCUUUUGGGCCGACUGUUUCAGUGGAGUAAAGGGCUGGGAAUUGGCAACUUUCCGCCUGUGUGUAAGUGCCUUCCACUUGUACACAAGCAGGGGGAUUGGAUCCAAGCCUUUGUUGCUGUUUUUUGGGAUUACACUCAGGGGUCUGCAGGCAGUUUUUUCUUCAAUGCUCACACUUGAAUAAAAAGGUUAGAGUAACCAGACUUUGCUAUAUAACAUGAACUUAUCAACCUGUUGUACGUUGUUUUGAUUUUUACAUCUUACCAAGCACUGCCACAGGUUUUUUUUAGCCAAGGUGGCCUUCUUUUCAGUCAUGCUGCUUUUUUUGGAAGGUGAAUUUUUCAACGUAUUUAGUGCCUCCUUAAUUUGUCCUUGGUUCACAAGAAAAGCAUUUGUCAUAAUAUGGGUAUGUCGAGGUGUCUCUUUUGGAUCAUAGUGAGUUAGUAACAUCCUCAUGUUAGAAAAAUUGCCAGCAUAACUAUUGUACUCUUUAUUCUAUAUCAAUAAAUAACAGAGGCACAGGUCAGGAAUGCUGUGUAAGGACCAACAUAGCAGUGGUGUAUCUUUGGGACCUUUGAAAAAAGUUCCAGUUCAUAUACUGGGUAGCACUUAAAUCCAUGAACCACUUGUGAUACAGCAUUAAAGUGGCUAGUUUUGUUUUUUUAUUUGUUUUUGCAAUAUCAAACUGAACCUGAAAUUUAGCAGUGAUACAGUCAGCGGAAGUGAGUUCUGUAUAUUAUAGCUUAACAGCAAAGCUUCCCUGCUGUAUUAUGUCUUACCAAAUCUGGACAUGUAGAAGCUCAAAUAUCUCAAUGAAGAGAGUAAAAAUGAUCCAGUUCUUUCUGUUGAGGAAAAUAAGUUGGCUGGAGAUGAAAUACUUUCAAAACUUUUUAAAGUCGUUUUACUAUCCUUCAGCGUUUAAUGAUUUAUUGCCAAUUAGAUAGAGACUUCUGUGUAGAUUAGAAAUGAGCUGAUGGGUAAAAUGUUUAUUUUGUGCAGAACUGACUUCAAAUGCCAUCUUUUCUUCCACAUAAUUAAGGGGACGUUUGAACCUUAGAAUUUUCCUUGAUACUUUCAUUUUUGUUAUCCUAGUUAUCAAACUGUGCCAUAACUUGAAGAGGAGAAAAUCAACUUAUGAAACUGUUAAAAACUAACUAGAAAUGUGUUGUCGAAGGCUUUCAUGGCCAGAAUCACUGAGUUACUGUGUGUUUUUCAGGUUGUAUAGCCAUUUUCCAGAAGCAUUAUCUCCUAAAGUUUCACCCACAUCUGUGGCAGACAUCCUUAGAAGUUGGGGGGUCUGCCCUCAACUUCUGAGGAUGCCUGCCAUAGAUGUGGGCGAAACAUCAAUGUUUCUGGAACAUGGUCAUACAAAACUGAAAACGCUCAGCAACCGUCUUAACUAAAAAAAAUUGUAUAAUUUUAUGCAGAAGAAAAACUAUUUUGGGGAGAAAUGUUCUUUCAGAAAAUGUUUCAUCUUGAAUUUGACUAUAGGUACCUCAGAGGUUUCAAUGGGCUUAUUGUGAUAUGGUGUCUCAUUGUGCAGUUGGGGACACCUACUCAAGUUGGAUUUAACAUAACAAGAACAUUAGUUCAAAAUUAAAUUUUAGGUAAUCUGAAUUAAAUUGCAAAUAUACCUUAGUUUGUGUUGAACUCUUCUAUCAUUUUAUCAGCUUGUAAAAUGGGGCAACAGAAGGCUAACAUUUUGUCCAGUAGACCAGAUAUAUAGUUUUUUCUUGUCCGACACCAUCCUUUUUAAGCCUCCUUUCAAAGUUGUGCAUAAUUCAGAAUAGAAGAGAAAAAACUGGAAAAAGGGAUACUAAAGGUAUAUAUAUGGGGCACAUUUAUUGUUUUUGUGUACAAAAACUGGUUUUCUUUUAUGUGUGACAGAUAUUAAUUUAAUCACAUUACUAUGCAUAGAUGAAAGAGAUUGCACAUAGAUUGUGCGGGUGUGUAUGCCUGAAGCGAAUGUUGCGUGGAAUUCCAUUAAAAUCCAAUACUGUGUGUGAAUAUGGAUCUGUAAUUUUACACUUCAAAUCUUACAAGAGAACAGAAGCUGUUACUCCUAAUGACUUUUCCUACUGUAACCUGCUUUUGAAAAAGUAGAUCCCAUAUCCUUGCUUUGUAAGUUGAUCACUAUGCAUUUCUACAUUUUAUAAAUUUGAUUUAUGCAGAUUUUGAUACACUGUAUGUUUCUGUAAAGAUUGUAAAAAAAAAAAUCCUCAAAGGUUUUACGAGGGAUAAAUCGGGAAUCUUAUGUAUAUCUUAAUUCUGGAUUGCUUGUUUUUUUAGGUGAGGCAAAUAAAUUUUAAAAUGUGGGUUUAUUAUA